AUGUGUGAUACAAUUAUUUAUGUAAUAUCAUCAUUGCAUGGUAUAUCAAAUGAAGAAGAUUAUUUAUUUGAUUUAAUAAAUGUUCAUUGUUUACCUGGAAUUUCAUUAGAUAAUGAACAAGAUGGUCAACGUCUUAUUAGAAAAUUAAUUGAACAAAAAUUAGUUAAAUCAACUAAAACAUGUUUAAGACCUUAUUUAUUUGCUCAAUCAUUUUCAUAUGCAAAUCUAAAAUCAAAUGGAAUAAUAAAAUCAAUUGUUGAAAAAACAUAUUUAUCUGAAAAAGAUCUUCAACGAUCAUUAGCAUUUGAAGCUGAACCAGAUCCAAUGAAUAAUGAUCAAGAGCAAACAUGCCCAACGACUGAAGAACUUAAAAAAGCACAAGCGCAACAAAAUGAAUUAAAAAAACACGUGUACCGAAAGGAUUUUGAUGAUGACCAACAAGAGAUAAUAAUUGCUAAUGCUGAUGAUUUAGAAUCAAUUCAACUUGAUCAAGAAGAAGAAGAAGAAGAGAGAGAAAUGAAUGAAUUUAUUAUUAAUCCAAAUAAUUAUGAUGAAAAACUCGAUUUAGAUGAAGAUACAGAAACGGUUGUUGAAUUAUUUUUCUUUAAAAAUGUUAUUUUUUUUUUCUUUGAAUUUUUUAGUUUAAAAAGAUUAAAAGAAGCUAAAUUAGAUGAAUAA